AUGAACAACUUCGGCGUCUACGAGCUCGCAAGCGCAAAGACGACAUCCGCCCCGGGAUGGGCCUACGUUCCCGACACGGGCGUCAACCCCGCCGCCGCCGCCCUCCAGCCCGCGAACCGCAAACGCGCCGCGCGCACCAAGGCGAACCCUUCCGCCUCCGACCUCAACGUCCGCCAGGAGGCCAAGAUCCGCAAGGAGCUCGAGGCCUUGGACAAGGACUGGGGCCGGGACGCGACGAUUCCCAUCCCCGCCAAAGGGGGUAGCAGAGCAGCCCAGACGAAAAGCACACCGAACGUCCGCAAAAUCCUCCAGUCCCAAAAGACAUUCUCAAACCACCUCGACGACCACCUCGCACACAUCUCCCACGCAGAAAACACCCCCGCGCCGCACCCGAACCAGCACACCGCGAAGCCCGCGAAUAAACCACCCCACCCGAACCAACACACAAAGCGCAAUGCCGCCAAGCGCUCAAAGACAUCCACCCCAAAACCCGCACCCGCACCCGAGCCAGAAGACGUCGAAAUGGCGCCCGCGCCGCCUGCCCUCGGGGAUUCUUCAGGCGGCGGGCCGGUCCUCGCGCCCUACGACAAGCCGCUCCCGCCAGCGCACCCGGGCGACGAAGACCCGCUGCUCGUCUCCCGCGUGCCCGAGCCCCCGACGGACGAGGAGCUGCGCUGGCUCCUCGCGCAGCCGAUGCUGAGCUUCUGGGACGCGCGGGCCGAGUGGGCUGACGAGGACACGCGGUACCCCGAACGGACGUUCUGCGAGGUCUGCGGUUACUGGGGGCGGGUGAAGUGUAUGAAGUGCGGGACGCGGGUGUGCGCGCUGGACUGUUUGGAGACGCACCGUGAGGAGUGCGCUACGAGGUAUGGGUAUUGA